AUGGUCCAGGAUCUGCUUCGGCGACACCGGGACUGCCCGGACGACCCCGAUCCCGACCCCACGACGGGCAUCAGACGGGAGCCGACGGAUGCCAGCUCCUCCGUAAAAUCAUCCGACGCCAACACGCGCGCUGACUCGCCCAGGCCGACGAAGGAGAAACCGAAGGCCAAAGCGAAAGCGCACAGCGAGCACGUCGAAUCCCGCCCGAAGAAAGCCGACGUCAAACCCUCGGCCAGCUACCAACUGACCAAGGAAGACGCCGAGACGCUGUUCUCGGGCGCCCCCUACUUCCUCCUGGAGAAGGGCAAGCAUGGCCACUACUACCCGCAGGUGAUCUUCCCGUUCGACGACCACGACCCGAGCAUUCAGAAUCUCUGGGACAGACGACCGCUCCCUCACCCGGCCUACACCAUCUGCACGCUGCACGCGCAUCUCCCCGUCCCGGACAAGUGGGUGAUCGAGGGCGACGCGCCCGUGUAUCUGAACCGGUGGAAGCGCACGGGGGCGCCCAAGCGCGCGACCUUCGACAUUGGCAUCUUUGAGACGCCCAACAUGCUCGGCAACAACGGCAAGGACCCCGGCACCAUCGGCUUCCGCACGUACCUGGAGCUGCCCGUGGGGGACGCGGUGCGGUAUGUCGGGCCGGAGAGACCACGGCCGAUAGCGGACUACAUGCAUCUGUCGGCGAUGCCGGCGGCCGAGGUGUACGAUCUCAUGGAGCACUACAACGAUCCGUACUCGCUGUGCCAGGACGGCACCGUGCACGACCGCAAGCGGCUGCUGUGCGACGGGCCAUCCGCCUGGCGACGCAUCGGCGUGCGCGACAUCGACCUGCGCACGCUCGUCGAGCGUCUGCAGUUCCUGACGACGUUCCGCUACGAGAUCCUCCACAGCCAGAAGACCACCACCAUCCUCGACAAGGAGAGCUGCCGCGAGCUGUACACCGGGCUCUUCACGCGCUUCCUCUACCCGCCCUCGCACUUCAUGCUCGUCGGCGUCGACAACCCGCACAGCCUCAAGGUGCAGAUCAAGGCGCUCACCACCGUGCUCGGCACCCCCGGCGCCUGGAUCAACUUCUGUCUGCCCGAGUGGCGGCUGCGCGUGGGCCAGAUCCUCUGGGAGGCGGCGCCGCAUGUGGAUGGAGACUUUCUGAACCCGAACUCCUGCGACAAACCCUGGAUGCACCCGACGCUCGAGCGAAAGUGGCUCCUCGUGCAGAUGCUGCUGUCGGCGGAGCUGCUGCUGCGGUUGGAUGCGACUGUCCGUGUCGGCAUCCUGGAUAGUUCCAGCAACCUGCACGUGUCGGCGCGCGACAUGCAAGACUUUGACCGGCUGCGCAACGACCAGGUCGACUGGUGUCUCGUCACUGUGCGCCGCUUCAUGGACGCUUUCGGCAUCGCCUACCGCGCGGACGAGCCCGAGCCCCCGCGCACGGCGUCGUCGAUGUCUCUGCAUUCGCUGUCGCACGAGAAAAACGACAAGGGAGAAAAGCCUCGCCACCAUCACCGCUGGUUCGAGGCCCUCACGCAUCGGUCGUCGUCGCCGUCCUUGACCAAACUCCACGUCGAGUCCGCGUGGCGAUGCCAUCUGACUCCGUCGCACGUUGAGGUCCAGAUCCAGGGGCUGACUGUCUUCGCCGAGGCGAUCGGAUGGCCGGGUGCUCGCGACCUCCGCGCCCAUCUGCGCUCGAAACUCGAGGCCGAGAACUCGACCGACAUCAUCGCCGACGCCUUCAGUCAGCCCAUGACCCCUAUCCCCCUGGGCGAGACGGACGUGCCGUUCGAGAAAGACGAAAUGUACAGCCGGAGCCUCUCUCGCCGACGCAUCCUCCUGCACGACGCGAGCGCCAGCGACAAGGACCCGCACCAGAUCGGCGGCUGGAUCACGCGCAGCUGGCUCUCGGGCUUCGUGGCGCCCGGCGAGCUCAUUAACCACCUGCUCAUGGCGACGGUGCUGGAGAACGACCCAGCUGCGCGCGCCACGCUCGGCCGCGUCGCCAACCUGUACGGCGGCUUCGCCUACCGCGGCCGCAGCUACUGGAGCCAGGAGUGCAUCGUGGGGCGCGUGUUGUGUUGUCUGGAGGGGGCACGCGCCUGUCUCGGUUGGUCGUCCAGCGCCGUCGUGCCGCGCGACUCGCAGACUUUUGAGCCGCUGGACAACACUUGGUUCGAGGUGAGCGUGGUCGCGCCGCCGGGCAACGGCAACGCGGGCAAGCCGCGCAUCAAACACGGCAACAAGCUGUCGUACGAGUCCACGCCACUGGGGCUGGGCGACCUCACGAGCGGCGCGUACUCGCUACCCGUCGACGCGCCGCUCGACGAGGACGCCUCCCGCAUCCGCUUCGACUCGCUGACUUUCUCCGGGAAAGAGGCGCACCCGCUCGAGGGCCGGCCGCAGGUCGUCGCGCACAAGACGAGCAUGUCGUUCAGCCUGACCACGGACGCGGCGUCCCCCGACGGCGCCGCCAGCAUCAAGGUGUCGUUCCCGCUGACGUACAACGUGCGGUUUGUGGCCUCACAUGAGUGCCGUCCGCCCGGCGGCUUCGUCUCAUACCAGGGCCAGACGCCGCCGACGCCGCUGCACCACCACCGGCUGCCGGGGCAUCCGCUGCACCGCACGUACGGGUACAAGUUUGUGCCAAUCGCGGCGCUGCGGGGAUCGCACUCGCAGGAGCUGUUCUUUGGCAACAUCGGGGUCGGGCGGUACGAGGUGAUGGUGGUGGACGCGCGGGGGAGUCGCGAGAAGGAGGCAUUUGCGCGGGCGUGGUGUGCGUCGGCCGGGUAUGAUGCGAUCAUCGGACGGGAGAAGCGCACGUGUCUGGCGUGUUGUAUUCGCGAGGCGCGGGCAAUCAGCGUGAAGGUGGUGAUUCGGACGGGCGGAGGGCUGAGUCGGCCGACGUCAAUUCAGACUGUGUGA